CUUACAUUAGGGAGGUCUCAAAACUCCAAACUCAAUUUCCUGCUUUUCUGUGUUUUUGUAGAUGUACAGAGAGGUCUGGCACUGUGUCACUGUCAGCGCUAUUAUAAUUCUAUUUUUUGUUUUUAUUAUAUUGUCCUUAGUGUAGUUAAGUGUGUGCUUAUGGCGAAAGGGGAACACGGAAAGAAAAUGUAGGACAUUUAUGACCUUCGUGAAUUCGUGGAACCGAGGAACCUCUCUCGUCCCUUGAACUUUACUAAUCUACAAAAUAUUGUUCAAUGAGUUGACAAGAGUGCCAGUGCCAGUGACUGAGUGAAAAGGCUGCACCUAAAACAAUAGGAAUCUACCAAUGUGAAUCCACCACAACCCCAAGCCCAAGAAGCUAAAAUUCAAGAUCAGGCGAGAGGCCUCUUGACUCAGCUUUAAAAGACAAGAGUAAUUCUAAAUUUUGUUGAAAGUAAGACAGUGACAGUGCUCAAUAAUGAGUCUUCGACUGUUGAUGUUGAGAUUCACUUUCUUGGGAUGCUGGUUCAAAUGACUGGAUUCUACACUCUACAAUAAAUAGAUCUAGAUUCUAGAUUCAUAGCUCUAACUACCAAACUGAGUGGUAGCAUUAUAGGCCUAUAAUGUACAUAUCGGCGCAAGACUGACUUUCUCAAUAAUAGUGUUACAGUUAGUUAUUAAAGCCUUCCUUCUCAAUUAAAAUUUUCUUUUGAGAACAUUAUUUGUCCUCAGUAACAAUGCGGUUCAAUUCAAAAGAAAUUUCUGUGCUGUUGCAAAACACACACAGCUAUGACAGAGAAGGCUAUUUGCAGAUGAAGGACAAACAAGAAGGUCUUUUCAAAAAGUCCGAAGCUUACAUCAGUCGAUACAUAAGACUGAAGGGCAACUUGCUUUUUUACUUCAAGAACAAGGAAAUUAAAUCUGAACCAAUUGGAGUUAUUAUUUUAGAGAGAUGUGUGGUAGAGCUUGAUCUACAAGAAGAGGUUGAUAAUGGCUUCCUGUUAGUCUUCGAGGGAGAGGACCAGCCGAUUCGCUUCGGCGCCAGCAGCGAGACCCUGAGGGACAACUGGAUCCAGGCUCUGCACGUGGCCAGCCACGAGUGUCUCAAGAUGCAGCUACAGAGUCUGAGAGAGCAGGUCCAAGCCCGCACUGGGCGUGACCCCGUCGUGCUUCCUGCCGAGCCAAAUUCCACCGUUGAUUUUGAAUCCCAUUCAGAUAAUGCAAGCGAGGACCCUGUUCUGGAAAUCUCAUUAGCUUGCUCCAAUCUCUCAAACGACAGCACAGAUGUCGCGCCCAACGUCCUGGUGGUUGUCCACACGAUUCUCCCACCGCAGCAACAGAUCUGGCUACACCACAACCACACGGAGAUUGUGGAGAAAAGCACCAGUCCGCAGUUCCUGAAGACAAUAGGGUUUGGAGACAAGUACGGCAUCGACACCAGCACCAGGGUCAGACUGACCGUCCAUCACGUGGUGGAGAGAAUGACCGGGACGAUGACUCAGCUUGGUCAAGCCAUUUUCACGUUGCAGGAUGUUCUACGCACAAAUGAUCUCUUGCUUUCGCUGGUGCUGAGAACUCCAGACCAGAAAGAAGCGGGAGAAAUUGUGAUAACAGCCUGGAUCAACGACGACCGAGUGUCUCUGUCAGAGCUGCAGACACAGCAGGUUUAUUUAAAAAGUACUAAUGAGGAAAAGAAGUCCGGGUCGUACAGCAAGCGGCCCCGCACCCUCUCCCUGGGGCGACACUCCCACAACCUACAGGCUCACUUCAACGACAUCAUCAAGCGAUCAUUCCGCUUCGCCACCAACAACCAGAAGUCUCUGCUGCAGGUCUCCGAGUACAUGGGCGAGAGCAAGUGGACCUUUGAAAUGCCCAUCCAGCUGCUGCGGCUUUUGGUUCAAGAGGAGAAACAGAUGAUUUCCAUCUUACAAGAUUUUGGAGAGCUGGUGUCAGAUUGGGAAGCCGAGCAAAUCUUGUGGAUCAGGAUGGGUGCGGAUGCCGCCGAGUUUUUCACCAAUUCCUUGGAUCUUUUGACCGAGCUGUCAGGUAUGACCUUCAAACGUAGCGCAGACAAGAGCAAGCCAGAGCUGGAGUUUGUUCCCAUCAAUCUGCACAUGGAGCGCAUGGUGGUCAGCUCGGACACUCACCCUGCAGGUAAAUUCUACGACAUGACCACUGUGGGAUCGUUCGCCGCGCACGCUCGGGACAUGAAGUCGGGGGGACUUAAGCGUCUCCUCCACCAGCUGCGAGCCAGCUACAAGCCCGACGACAGCCCGCAGCCCCGCACAAAGGUGCAACGAGCGUGCAGCAUUCUCAACCAGGCCACAGAGCUGCGCGUGCAGCUGAAACAGCUGUGUGAACGCCUCGGGGAGAUAGCGGCGGCCGACGAUUUCAAGGCCAUGGGGAAUGUGGUGGAGAACAUGAAAGAGUUGGUGAACAAGCUGAACAGCCUUUGUGCCGACCCGCUGGUCACUUCAGCUGCGGAGGCGUACCUGUCCGCCAAGAGAAACGCCAACACGAGCGAGGGGGCAGACUCCGCGUCCUUGACCAACAUGUCCGAGGUCGGGGGUCAAGGGUCGGAUGUGGAGAAGGCGUGGAAGUGGUCGGGGAGCAGUUUUGUGAAGUCUCCCACCAUGGAGCCUUGGGAAGUGACACGUCUGAACCUGGAGGCGGCCUUCGUGUGCCUAGUGUCGGUGGUGGAGGAGAUGUCGCGCCGUCUGUCCCAGGCCCACACUGACCAGCUGCUGGGCACCGACCCGGCAGCAGGCUCUCUCAGGGAGGAGCUGGCACCUCCUAUCUCCAAACUACAGGGCUUCCUGGAGAUUGUCUGGGCCAGGCUGUCUCUCUUCCUCACGUUUGUGGCUGUUAUGGAGAAUAAAGGUCAAGUGAAGACGGCGUCCGAUAUCAAGAUCAGACGCGACAUUGUCAACUCACACGCUAUCACCACCCUAGUCUCUUCCUUCGUGGCCUUGACGCAGACGGAAGAGUUCUCCAGCCCAGAGUUCGCCCAUCAGCUCAGCUCUGUGGGCCUGCUGUGCCAGGCGGAGGGGCUACUGAGCUGCUACGGCAGCGAGCUGUGCAUGCUGGAGGACACCAUCACCGCCAUGGAUGACUUACGUCACGUGACCUUACGUCUGGUGCCGGCUGUUGAGGACGACUUCACGCCCAACGCCUCACUGGGAACUUUCAUCAAAGAGGGUCCAUAUCCAGAUAUCAGCAGACACAACAUAAUCAUUGACAUACCGGUGCCUCGGGAGACAUUUUCACGCCUGCCGACCGUUUUACAGCAAGGAAAACAAAUUCCUGUGACGCCCGUUCUGUUCAACAUUGGUAUCAAUGAGCAAGCUACUCUUGCAGAAAAGUUCGGAAGCACGGCCUUGCAGGAAAAGCUGAACAUCGAUUCCUACGCCACGCUGUACGAGUAUUACUCCCAGUUCUCUCAGCACUUUGAGGACCCGUUGGACAAGACAAAAGGCGUGGCCUCCCUAAGUCACAUGAUGAAGCUGCUGCAGAACCACGUGAUGACCAAGAAAAGCAAAAACGUGGACGUCCUUCACAUGGCAGAAGAGGUGACUCGAGCUCUGCGCGGCCUGCGUGUGACCUUCUGCAAAAGUGGCAAGGACAGGACGGCCAUGGCCGUCACGUUGGAGAUGGUGCACAUCUUACAGCGUCACCACAACCUGGCCUCGCACGUCUUCAUGCAGUCUCUGGAUUGUCUGAGAAGUGUUGGAUGUCGUCGAGAGAACACCCUGAAGAACACAGGUGUCAAGAAGUACGCUUUCAUCAGCUUGCAGAUGCUUUACAUACCAAAGAUGUAUCGGGCUCCGAGUGGAACGUAUGGAAAUGUACAGACUUGAUCCCAUCAACCUUUUCUGGUGUUGCGUUUUUUUGGGGGGAAGGGUUUAUUUGGUUAUAUCAAAACAGGUCAACUUGAAAUGGAAGUGUCGUAGGUUCACUUUUUGUCGGUUGUAGAUCAGAUCCAUAAAGUGAAUGUUACAGUGAGUGUGUUGGCGACUGAUAUUUAAUGGAAUUAAAAAAUCACGGAAACGGAGGCUGAGAAUGAUAGGCAGAAUUUUGUUAUGAAUCAAGACUUGCCCAGGAAUGCUGAGGAUUCGCUGAAGGUGCCGUGCCCGUAAAGUAAACAAGGCAAGCCCAAAGCAACAAAAUGCACAAAUGUGAGGCAGCGUGGUGGAAUCAGACUCUCGUCAAUUUUUGGGCA